UAGAAAUGGAAGAUUCACCUGCUGAAUGGGUCGAGCCGACCCUAGAGAACGCUACCUUCUUCGGAACCAGGGCCUUUAAGAUUGGGGACUAUGUCACAGCUGGAGAAGGGCUUGAAGAAAGCAAGGAAAUUAUUGACAUUGGCAAGAGCUGGAAGAAAAUGGUUGGAUUUGUCAUCCAAAUCAAACACGGAAACAACACUUGGAAAGUUACUAAGAGAAGGAACAAGUUUGCAACUCUACAGAAGAAGCUUAGGAGAGCAUUAGAUAAAGAAGAUAUCGAACUUGAGAUUGAAGUACCUGAGUACAAAGAUAGCAAGAAGGAAACAGAGGAAGAUAUGGAAGCUUCUAUGGAAACAUUUGUGGAAUACCUCAACCAACUUGCUCAGAUUCCUUAUGUUUGGAGCCAAAGAAGCUUCCUCGAGUUCUGUGAGAUUAGUAGCACUACCAACAUGAUCAAAGGCGCCGUCAUCUACAGAGAAGGAAAGCUCGCUAAAAGGUCAGGUGGAAGAUACAAGCAAGACUCUUGUUGGCUUACUGCUGCAGCAGGUAGUAUAUUUAGAAGUUGGGCUGUCAGAUGGAUAGUCAUUACCGACCAAUACCUCCUUCUGUGUAAAGAUUCACUUGAUAAGGAGCCAAACGAGUGCUUGAUGAUGGAUUCCAACUUCCAUGUUGUCUAUGGAAAGAAAGAAACGGAUAGUGAGUUUGGAAUAAUGAUUAUUAAUAACCACAGAAGACUCCAGCUUAAAGCUAAAGAUGCAUUUGAGUUUGUCACUUGGCUGAGAGCGUUGAAGACUGCAAUGAAGAACAACGGAUUGCAGUCCAAAGUAAGACGCUCUUUUGACGCCUUCUCUCCAAUGAGGGAAAACAACCAUGUAGAAUUCUUCAUCAAUGCUCAUGACUAUUGGAUCAGACUCUACGACGAACUGAUGGCUGCUGAAUCAGAAGUCUUCAUCACAGAUUGGUGGAUGACUCCCAACCUCUAUUUGCAAAGACCAGUCAACAUGUACAAUGGGGAAAUGGACCAUACCAGGCUUGACAACGUGCUUAAAACUAUCGCUGAAAAAGGAGUCAAGGUCUGGAUUCUGGUUUGGAAAGAAGUCGAAGUCGGAGGAAUGUUGUACAACAGCUCUCAAUACGUUAAAGAUACCUUAGAAUCUUUACAUCCAAAUAUAAUUGUUCAAAAGCAUCCAAAUACUUUAGUACAGUUCUGGAGUCACCACGAGAAGAUAUGCGUGAUUGAUCAGCAAAGAGCUUUUGCUGGUGGAAUAGACUUAUGUAUGGGGAGAUAUGACACAGGCGAGCAUCCUUUAAAGGAUAAGGGUGAUGGAGAUGGAAACUACAUCUUUCCAGGCAAGGACUACAGUAACUCUCGUAUUAAAGACUUCGUUGAUGUUCAAGACACUUCACAACCACUUAUUGAUAGAAACACCACUCCUAGAAUGCCUUGGCAAGACCUUCAUCUUUUCGUCAGAGGAGAAACAGCUCAGGACCUGGCUGUCCAUUUUAUUGAGUACUGGAACAAUGCCAAGAUUGAUGUAGAAGGUACUGAUAACAAGGAAGGUGCUUUUUUGAGACCUGUUGAAAACCUUAUGGAUCAGACAUCUAAAUUUGGUGGCAAGCACUUGGACGGCACAGUAGACGACCACCUUGAGCUCGAAGAGGAAGAAGCUUAUGGAGUCGUUGGAAAAGACUUUGUCGAAUACAUCGUUGAAGAAGCUGAUAUCAAUGUGAAAGUUGACAAAGGUGCGGAAGAACUAGAGGAGGAUUUCCUUGAAGAAUACCUCGAAUCUACUGAGAAAGACUCUGAUGGAGAGGUAGAAGUCAGUGACGAAGAAGAGCUUGGAGAGAUUGGAUCAACUAAAGAUGAUUUGAGCUUAAACCCCACCUUCUUCUCUAAGAUGGUCAAAAAGAGUCAAAAGAAGAAGAAAGAUGAGCAAAGCAUGCUUGAGAGAAUGGAUGAGUACAUUAACUCUAAGAAAGAAUCCUCCUACAGCUUCUACAGUAUGAAGAAAGCCUUAAAAGGGGCUGUGGGAUCUAAAGUUGAUGAAAUUAAAGAGAGACAGAAGCUCAUGGCAGACUUCAUUGACGACCUCAGCAUUGAGGAAAGAAAGAGACUCAAGGAGGAGCUCAAAGAAGAAAGAUUCCAGCAAGUAAAUGUUGAACAUAGACACACCAUUCAAGACAACAUUGCUUCAAUGUUCUUGAAGAAAAAGAAAAUAGGCACAUGUAGAUGCCAAGUAUUGAGAAGUUCUUCAAACUGGUCUACUGGUGUACUCAGAGUUGAACACUCCAUUAUGAAUGCUUACAUAGAUUUGAUACUUACAGCUGAGAAGUAUGUCUACAUUGAGAAUCAGUUCUUCAUGUCCAAUGCUGGAAGAGGAGGUGUCUUGAAGAACACAAUCACAAGAGCCAUCAAGGAAAGAAUUAUCAGAGCCCAUAAGAAUGACGAGAAAUUCAAAGUCUUCAUCUUCAUCCCACUAAUGCCUGGAUUCGAAGGGGACAUUACCAAAGAAGAUAGUCAGGUACUGAAGUUCCAGGUCAAGUUCCAGCAAGAGACUAUUAUCAAGGGAAAGAACUCCUUGUAUAGCACUUUGAGAAGACAAGGGAUCAAUGCCGAAGACUAUGUCAGGUUCUUUUCCUUAAGGAACCACGACGUGUUUGAUGAUGGACCAAAAACAGAGAUGAUCUACAUUCACAGUAAAUGUCUGAUCGUAGAUGACAGAGUAGUCAUCAUGGGAUCUGCCAAUAUUAACGACAGAUCCAUGCUUGGAUCCAGAGACUCUGAAGUCUGCCUUCUCGUGCAAGACACCGAUACUGUAGAGAGUACAAUGGGUGGUGAAGAUUUCGAAGUUGGUAGACUUGUGCAAGAUUUCAGAAAGAAAUUGAUGGGUCAACAUCUCGGUGUCGAAGAUCUUGAAGAGAUAAAUGACUGAGCAACUGAGGAAUUCUGGGAAUUCAUCCAAGAGAGAUCGGCCAAGAACACUAAGAUUUACUACGACAUUUUCAAGUCUGAGCCCAGCGACACUCAAAGAAACUUUGACGACCUCAAAGCUGAUAGAGAAGCCAUAGAGAAUAUGCCUUGUGCAGAUAGACAAGACCUCUAUGACGAGAAGAUUGAAGAUGUUGUUGGUCAUAUCGUAGACUAUCCAGUCCACUACAUGGAGGGAGAGAGCUUGAAUCUUGGAAGUUUCGAUUUCCACAACUUGGUUCCCAAAAUAAACUUCACUUAAUUCCUCAUCAGAUCUGAAACAUUCAACCAUAUUAA